GAGCUGGCUGAGCCGCAGCGACUAUGGUGGAGGAGGUCCAGAAGCAUUCUGUACACACACUGGUGUUCAGGUCACUGAAGAGGACCCAUGACAUGUUUGUAGCUGAUAAUGGAAAACCUGUGCCAUUGGAUGAAGAGAGUCACAAGCAGAAGAUGGCAAUCAAGCUUCGUAAUGAGUAUGGUCCUGUCUUGCAUAUGCCCACGUCUAAAGAGAACCUUACGGAGAACGGACCUCAGAACGCGGCAGAGUCAUAUCCCAGUAAACAGUAUCCUGCCAAUCAAGGACAAGAUGUUGAAUACCUGGUGACAGGUACAUAUCCAUACCCGCCAGGACCUGGUGUUGCCCUGACCGCCGACACCAAGGUCCAGAGAAUGCCCAGUGAGUCAGCCGCACAGUCCUUAGCUGUGGUGCUGCCGAAUCAGGCCAGAGCUGAUGCAAAUCGUACUGGACCUGCUGGGAGGGAGUACCGACACCCAGGAGCUUCUGUCAGUUCCCAGCCCACAGCGGUGAACUCUGUGAUCAUGGAGGCCGGCAAUACCAAGAAAUCUGCAUUAAUGGCUAAAAAAGCCCCUACAAUGCCCAAACCCCAGUGGCACCCACCGUGGAAACUCUAUAGGGUUAUCAGUGGGCAUCUUGGCUGGGUUCGGUGCAUUGCUGUGGAACCUGGCAAUCAGUGGUUCGUUACUGGCUCUGCCGACAGAACUAUCAAGAUUUGGGACUUGGCUAGUGGCAAAUUGAAGCUGUCCUUGACUGGGCACAUCAGCGCGGUGCGUGGUGUGAUCGUGAGCACGAGGAGCCCCUACUUGUUCUCUUGUGGAGAAGACAAGCAAGUGACGUGCUGGGAUCUUGAGUAUAACAAGGUUAUACGGCACUAUCAUGGCCAUCUAAGUGCAGUGUAUGCCCGCUGCUGCUCGUGCUCCUCACCUCUCAGUGGACUCGGAAUCCUGGCGGCCACAGCCACGAUGGCGACGUCGGGCUCCACGUGA